AAUGAAAGUAGACAAGGAGUGCAAAAUCAGUCGAGAUAAACAACUGAAAUGGUGCGAGAUGUGAUCGUUUGUGUGCUGGUAGUUUUUGUCAAUGUCUGUGGGAGUCUUAAGUGUAAGUCACACACUGGACAACCUGUCGAUUGGUUCACUGUGUACAAGCUUCCAGAAAUCCAUGAUGUGGGAAUAGACAAAUGGUCUUAUGAUGGCGUUGGUUUCUACUACAUGGAUUCCAAUUCUCCAAGUUGGAAGUUGUCAUCUAUCCCAUUCAACGCAACAGGACACUCUGUGGAGUAUACACUAAGACAGAUCUACAAGAAUACUACAAAUGAAUACAUGUAUGCUAUGUACAAUGAUCAGCCCCCGACAGGACAUACAUCUUUAAACCAUGGCCACACGAAAGGGGUCUAUGCUUUUGAUAAAUCUGAGGGGUUCUGGUUGAUUAUGAGUAUCCCUCAUUUCCCUCCCCCUAGAAGUUCUGGCUUCUCCUACCCUGAUAGUGGCAAGGUGUACGGACAGUCAAUAUUCUGUGUCAGUCUUCAAUAUUCAGCUAUUGAGAGUGUUGCCAAGAUAAUGACCUUCACCUACCCCAAGUUUUACGACCAUUAUUUACCUCCGUCUUUCUCCUCGGAGAACCCCAUCACAAUGAGUGUUCUGUCAGGGAGUCAGAAACAUGUGACAUCCCCUCCAUUUCAGCUGGAAACCACACUCCAUACCACAGACGGUGUGGUGCUACAUAACUUUGCCAAGUCAACUGAUUUUGAAAAAGAUUUAUACGAUGCUUUUUUGGCCCCCGUUUUACAAGAAACAUUUUUUGUUGAAACUUGGCAAAAUGGACCCAGAUCGGACGAUUUACCCUCAAAUUGUUCUCUCAAGUUUCAGGUAUCUGCAACAUGCGAAGUAGAAGACACUUUAUUCUAUUUCAUCGUGGUGGAAGUACCAUGUGCAUGUCUGACCCCCACACAUGGAAGGAAUACACAAACAUCAUCCGGGACAUCGAGACGUGUGGACCAAUAUUCGGAUAAGUCCCAAACCCGACACUUAAAACUGGAAACUCUUAUUUCUAUACUAUAUGAAUAUAAGAAAGAAGAACAUCAACCUGGUCUCCAUAUGAAAAUGCCCGUCUUGUUUGACUUUAUUCUGUGGACUUUGUGGGUGACGUUUUCGGGUACAGCCCGUGGAGAGGGGUACACCAAUGGAAUAACAUGUCAGGGUAUUGAUCGCCAACCCGUGGACUGGUUUAUUGUUUACAAAACUCCCAAGGAUCCCCAAAACAAAAACAAGCUGAUAUCGGAGGGCGUGGCUUUUUAUUAUAUGGACUCCCACCGACCUGCGAUGACCCUUUCUCCCACCCCCAUAGACAAGGAAGGACAUGCCCUUUACAACACGCUCCAACAGAUCUAUCUGAAUUACUUUAUGGUGGAGUACGGCAUGUAUAACGACCAACCGCCUGGAAGUUCCAACAAAACCUGGAAAGGGCCGGAAAAUGAGUUUGGUCACACCAAAGGGGUAUAUGCAUUUGACAAGCAGACUGGGUUUUGGUUGAUUUCAAGUAUUCCUAAGUUCCCCCCACCCAAAAAUAAGGGGUACGCCUUUAACAAACUGGCACAGCAGAACGGUCAACUGGCUGUCUGUGUCACAUUAAAUACUCAAGAGCUCGUGAAUCUCCGAAAAAUAUUCGGAACAACCCAACCCCAAAUUUACGAUGGAAAAGGACCUGAAACGCUAAUGCCACCAAUGCAACCCUCAAACGAGUCUUUUGUGUUAAGCAUGUAUACCCACGACAGCAUGCAACUAAUGUGUUCAGCCAAAAGUUCCCUAUAUGAGAAAGACCUGUACGAUUCUUUGGUUGCUCCGAGUCUAUCCAGCGACGUCUUGGUCCAAUCCUUUCACACAGGCAUCCCGUCUUCCUGCUCCACAGUGUAUAAGGUGAUUAAUGUAUCCAAAAUCAAGUUCCCGGAUACCAACAUCUACUUGUCCGGCCAAAGAGACCACGCCAAGUGGGCGGUGUCCGAGAAAUUGGGGAGAUGGGUGUGCAUUGGAGACCUCAACCGAUCGACUUACGCCCUCAAGAGAAGGGGAGGAGCGUUGUGUAUGGCCAACUACACGGCUUGGAAGGCGUUCAUUGUUUACAAGUUGCCCAAGAAUAAAUCAAAUAGGAAUCCUCUAAUCAAGCAAGGAGUUGGAUUUUACUAUAUGGACUCUGAAAACCCUUCUUUUUCCUUGUCCGAUGCUGACAUUCAAAAGGAGGGACACGCGUUAUACAACACACUGCAACAAGUUUAUAAACAGAAUGGACCACAAAAAUUUAAGUAUGCCAUGUACAAUGAUCAACCACCACUGAAGCCAACUGAUAUAUCCGAGGAAUCUUUCAAAAAAUAUCAUUUAUAUGGACAUACCAAAGGCAUGUAUGCAUUUGAUGAGAAACAAGGAUUCUGGCUGAUAUCAAGUGUUCCAAAAUUUCCAGCUCCUCUAUCACAUAAUUACAGCUAUGAACAAGAACAAACAAAAUUAGGACAGGCUAUGAUUUGUGUGUCCCUCAGCAGAAAAUAUCUAACAGUUAUAGAAGACAUAUUCAACAUAACAGAUCCUAAUAUAUAUGACCCAAAGCGAGGUCCUCGGCGCCAUUAUUCGCAUGUUACUUUGGUCCCAUAUAAAGUUUUCCCAAUUUCAACAGUGAAAGGUCAAAGGUUCCGAUUCUUUGCAAAGUCUUCGAUCUUUGGAAAGGAUUUGUAUGACGGUCUGGUUGCACCUGAAUUGAGAGAAUCUCUUUACGUGCAUACAUGGGAACCAAACCUGACUUCAGCUUGUAAUAUGGAAUUUAAGGUUAUGAACAUUGAAAUAAUUAAGUUUUCCAAUGUCACUGAGUUCAAGUCAAACAGCGAUCACUCAAAAUGGAUUGUUUCUAAAGACGAUUUCUGGGUUUGUGUUGGUGACAUCAACAGAAAGACAACACAAUUUAAGAGAGGUGGUGGAACAAUUUGUUUAUCCAGUGAGUCCGUAUGGAGGGCUUUUACUGCCCUUAUGAAAUCUGUGAAGACUUGUACAAGAAAUCAAUGACACAAAUACUAAUAGAAUUAUUCCAUAUUUCCUAAAUAUUCAACCAACUGUCAAUGAAGCACUUGGAUUGGUA